CAUGGAAUUCUCCCUUGAGGGCACUUCCUGUACAGUCUCGGGUCGUUUCCGGAGGGUGGCAGUCAUCCUGUUUGUUGACAUCGCAUUGUUUACCGUGUUCACGAUAUGACAGUUGUCACCAGACACCUGUAAGAGAUGGCCAACAAGAAAAAAGCUGACCUGAAGGUCAUCAUCAUGGGCGACUUUGCUGUGGGGAAAACUUCACUCAUCUGUCGAUACAUUGAGGGAAAAUUCAAAACCCAGGAACCGACAAUCGGAGCUGCCUUCUUCCUGAAACAGUGGGGCCCCUACAAUGUUGCUGUGUGGGACACGGCAGGCGAUGAGCGCUACACCGGCCUCUCCAACUUCUACUGCCGCAACGCUGGCGUCGCCAUCCUGGCCUACGAUAUAUCCAGUGACAAGUCAUUUGAAUCUCUCUGGGCAAGAUUUAACCCCUUACUCUCUGCUGCACAUGAAGACUGCCUCAGGGUUGUCGUGGGAACCAAGCUAGACCAGGUCACACCCACAUCUCGUGCGGUUACCAUUGAAGAAGGAGUGAAGUUAGCCAAGGAGCUUAACGAACACCUGGAUAUAUCCAAACUGCUGAAAGCCCCCUACUUUGAAACUUCCAGCUUGAACGGACAUAAUGUGAAGGAGCUGUUUGAGUGUAUAUUUCAGUACCGACUACCGAUUAGUGAUGGAGACAGAACCCGACAGGUCAAGGACACAGUGGAUCUGUAUGAGACUGGCAGCUCCGGCUCAAAGAAGGGCGGUUGCUGUUAACGGUGUGUGGAACAACAGCCAUAGUGUGUACUUGUGUGACGUCACUCAGCCAUAAUGUGUACUUGUGUGAUGUCACUCAGCCGUAGAGUGUACUUGUGUGACGUCACUCAGCCAUAAUGUGUACUUGUGUGAUGUCACUCAGCCGUAGUGUGUACUUGUGUGAUGUCACUCAGCCGUAGAGUGUACUUGUGUGACGUCACUCAGCCAUAAUGUGUACUUGUGUGAUGUCACUCAGCCAUAGUGUGUACUUGUGUGAUGUCACUCAGCCAUAGUGUGUACUUGUGUGACGUCCCUCAGCCAUAGUGUACUUGUGUGACGUCACUCAGCCAUAAUGUGUACUUGUGUGAUGUCACUCAGCCAUAGUGUGUACUUGUGUGACUUCACUCAGCCAUAGUGUGUACUUGUGUGAUGUCACUCAGCCAUAGUGUGUACUUGUGUGAUGUCACUCAGCCGUAGUGUGUACUUGUGUGAUGUCACUCAGCUGUAGUGUUUACUUGUGUGAUGUCACUCAGCCAUAGUGUGUACUUGUGUGAUGUCACUCAGCUGUAGUGUGUACUUGUGUGAUGUCACUCAGCCAUAGUGUGUACUUGUGUGACGUCAUUCUAUAGUGUGUGCUUCUGUGUGAUGUCACUCAGCUGUAGUGUGUACUUGUGUGAGGUCACUCAGCCGUAGUGUGUACUUGUGUGAUGUCACUCAGCUGUAGUGUGUACUUGUGUGAUGUCACUCAGCCAUAGUGUGCACUUGUGUGAUGUCACUCAGCUGUAGUGUGUACUUGUGUGAUGUCACUCAGCCGUAGUGUGUACUUGUGUGAUGUCACUCAGCUGUAGUGUGUACUUGUGUGAUGUCACUCAGCUGUAGUGUGUACUUGUGUGAUGUCACUCAGCCAUAGUGUGCACUUGUGUGAUGUCACUCAGCCAUAGUUUGUACUUGUGUGACGUCACUCAGCCGUAGAGUGUACUUGUGUGAUGUCACCCAGCCAUAGUUUGUACUUGUAUGAUGUCACUCAGCCAUAGUGUCUACUUGUGUGACAUCACCCAGCCAUAGCGUGUACUUGUGUGAUGUCACUCAGCCGUAGUGUGUACUUGUGUGAUGUCACUCAGCCAUAGUGUGUACUAGUGUGACAUCACCCAGCCAUAGCGUGUACUUGUGUGAUGUCACUCAGCCGUAGUGUGUACUUGUGUGAUGUCACUCAGCCGUAGUGUGUACUUGUGUGAUGUCACUCAGCCAUAGUGUGUACUUGUGUGACGUCACUCAGCCAUAGUGUGUACUUGUGUGAUGUCACUCAGCCGUAGAGUGUACUUGUGUGACGUCACUCAGCCAUAAUGUGUACUUGUGUGAUGUCACUCAGCCGUAGAGUGUACUUGUGUGACGUCACUCAGCCAUAAUGUGUACUUGUGUGAUGUCACUCAGCCAUAAUGUGUACUUGUGUGAUGUCACUCAGCCGUAGAGUGUACUUGUGUGACGUCACUCAGCCAUAAUGUGUACUUGUGUGAUGUCACUCAGCCAUAGUGUGUACUUGUGUGAUGUCUCUCAGCCGUAGUGUGUACUUGUGUGACGUCACUCAGCCAUAAUGUGUACUUGUGUGAUGUCACUCAG